AUGGGAUUUGAUAACAAGGACAGUGGUUUUGAUGUUGUAAAUCGAACUAGAUCAGUACCUGAUGUCGGCAUGUUUGGACCAUCAGAUUCGACGAUCUUACCUCUACUAUGGAAUUGGAUUGAUAAUACUUUAGGUGAUGACAAAGAACGUAAGCUAAUGACCAGUUUGCUCUUGACUGGAACACAUAAACCAUUUGUUAUGCCGCGCACUGAAUCAAUCUAUCACAAUUAUAUCGAAUAUACAUGCGCAAACAAAUAUCUCAACACAAUACAAGUGGUUGAUGAUGCUUUGAAAACUAUCAUUGAUGGUUUAAAAUUGCGAGGAUUGUACAAUGAGACAUUGAUCGUCAUAGCUAGCGAUCAUGGAUAUGCAUUUCGUGAUUGGGGUCAAACAUAUCUUGCUACAUGGAGAGUUUUGUACGAAGGUGCAUUUUUGGUUCCACUAAUGCUACACAAUCCAUAUCUUGAAGCAAAGCAACUAGAUGGACAAUAUACAAAUAUGGAUAUCUUGCCGACCAUUAUGGAUAUAUUGUUAUCAUCACAGGAGACUGCUCAUGAAAGCACUAAUCGCCUACUCACUGCACGGCAAGAUCAACUUAACUUGAUCUUGUCACGAUACGAAGGAACAUCUCUUCUUCGUCUACCCAUCGAAUAA